AUGUCACUGUCUGUGCGCCCGCAGCGCCGAGUCCUCGUCACCAAGAUCAAUAGGAGCCAGUCCUUCGCUGGAGUGAACUCAACGGCCGACCGGCCCUUCAGGAACCUCUCACCUUUCACCCCCACCGUCUCCCGCAAGACUGGCUCCAGGGUCAGUAGGAUGUUCUCAAUGUCCCACAAAUCUCCACCACCCAAGGUGCCUCAGCCCAACCGCCUGGACGAGGUGUAUGAAGCUCUCAAGAAGGGCCUGACAGCCUACCUGGAGGUACACCAGCUGGAACUGGAGAAGCUCAGCACCCAGAUCCGUGAGUCCAAGAGGAAUUCACGCCUGGGCUUUCUCUACGAUCUGGAUAAGCAAGUGAAGUCAAUUGAGCGCUUCCUGCGUCGCCUGGAGUUUCAUGCUAGCAAGAUAGAUGAGCUCUACGAGGCUUAUUGCAUCCAGCGGCGGCUCCGCGAUGGAGCCCACAACAUGGUCAAGGCUUAUAGCACAGGCUCACCAGGCAGCCGGGAGGCACGCGAGAGCCUGGCCGAGGCCAGCAAGGGCUACAAGGAGUACACAGAGAACAUGUGUCUGUUGGAGAAUGAGCUGGAGAGCCAGCUGGGCGAGUUCCACGUCCGGAUGAAAGGACUGGCAGGCUUUGCCCGGCUCUGUGCUGGUGACCAGUAUGAGAUCUUCAUGAAGUAUGGACGGCAGCGGUGGAAGCUGCGGGGGCGCAUUGAGGUGAACAGCAAGCAGGUGUGGGACAGUGAGGAAAUGGUUUUCUUGCCCCUCAUCACCGAGUUCCUCUCCAUCAAGGUGACAGAACUAAAGAGCCUGGCUAAUCAUGUUGUGGUGGGCAAUGUGUCCUGCGAGACCAAAGACCUUUUUGCGGCUCUGCCGCAGGUAGUGGCUGUGGAUAUCAACGACUUGGGCACCCUCAAACUCAGUCUGGAGGUGACCUGGAACCCCUUUGACAAGGAUGACCAGCCCUCAGCAGCCAGCACCGUCAACAAGGCCUCCACAGUGAACAAGAGGUUCUCCACCUACAACCAGAGCCCGCCUGACACGCCAUCCCUGCGGGAACAGGCUUUCUAUGUAAGUGUGCUCCUCUUCUCUCUGCCCAAGAGCCCGGGGUGGGCGGCUGACAAGCAUGGUUGGUCCUUGCUGGACAUCUUUCGGGAGACACUCUUCGAGAAGCUGUCUCAGAGCUGCUCCUGUGGUGAUGUCUCCUCGGCCGAGCUCGGGAGAUGGCCGCAGCAGGGCCGUCCCUUGCUGAUGCCUGGAGGCCUGAUCCUGCCAGGCCAGGGUCUGGCUGGCUCUAGGGAGACAGUCCCCAAGCUAGGGCAGCCUGGGCUGCACGGGCCAGCCCUACUCAUCCGCCCGCAUGCCCUCAUGCAGGAGCCAGGCACUAAUGAUCUGGGCAGCGGUAAGAAGGAAGCAGUGGCCAACGGGCAUGUGCCCUACUCCCGGACUCUGAGCCACAUCAGCGAGGCCAGCGUGGAUGCCACGAUGGAGGCCAAGGCUGCAGAGAGCCCCUGGGAGCCUGCACCCAGCCCGGAGGACAUGGGGAUGGGCGAGCAUGAUGUGGACCCCCUCCCAG